AACUUCCACUCCUUGCUUGCUUUAGGAUAUUCAUUCAAGCCAAGGGCUCAGUGGGGAUUGAAGUUUUAUGGGGGUACUACUAGUACUGUGGAUACAGGAGCUGAAACCAGGACUGAGACUGGAUUAAAACUGCUGUUAAAAGAACUGGAAUCAAGACUGUUACCACUGCUGUAAAUAGAAAUAAACCUGUGGCAAAAGUAGAACUGACAUUGGACUAUUACUUUCAGCAAUAUUAGGACAGGAAGCACUUCAGUGGAUAGAUGUGGGACUAAGAGUGUUUAUGGCCUUCUGUUAGAAUAAUUUAGCCAUCUUCCACUGUAUGACGUUUGGAUUGAGGUGACCAUGUCCAAUGAAGGAGACUAUGGAGGUCAGCCUUCCACAACAACCAUUAGUACUGUUGCAGUCCAAGCAGGGGAUUCACGGAUCAUUGUAGCAUUACUAAAGUGUGGAACACUGGUGCAGCUCCAGCUGGCUGAAUUCACACCCAAUCUGUUAGAGAUUGGAAGUAAUCAAGAUGAGACCAAGAAGCUACUUCAUGGACAUGAAGUCCUGUUGGCAAAACUCAAGGCACAUGAGGAUGGUGUUUGGAGUUUGCUGGGUGAAGCUGAUAAAACUGCAGAGGAAAACCUGGAUCAAGAACAGGUGUAUGGUGCCAUGGCAACCACUCUGAGUGAGGCCUGGGUGGCUCUAAUAGACCUCUUGGAAAAGCGUAAGGAACUGUUACAUCUCGCCUUGGACUUUUUUGACAGAGCCCUGGAAUUUGCCAUAAGAAUAGAUGAAGCAGAAGACUUCCUACAAAAUGCCCAAGAGUUUCAGAAUGCAGAUUGCCUGAAGGAGCUUCUUCACAAGCACAGUUACAUGAAGAAAGUACUUUUAGAAAAAUCCAUGUCUCUUUUAAACAAAAGCCAGGAGCUGCAGAAUUUCAUUAAAGACUUUAAAGUGGAUGACCCAGCUAUAAACUCUGAAGCUAUUAGGGGUGCCAAAAGCAGUUGUCUAAAGAUUGAGAGCCUCCUGGAGAUGCUUCAGGACAGAAGAAGGCAGAUAAAUGAACAGCUAAAACAACAACGUAUGAACCUGGAACAUAUUCUGGAAAUGUACCACUGGAACCAACAGGAACAGGAAGUGACUAACUGGUUGAAAGAACAUGCGGAAGUGUAUUUACAAAGAGAUCAGCUGGGUUCGUCUCUGUCUGAAAAUGAAGAGUUACUUCAAGAGUAUCAGGAAUUUCAAUUAAAAGUCAAGGAACGGAGCAUGUAUGUUGAAAGAUUAACAGAAAAAGCCAGCGCGAUUCUGAUGGCCCAGGAUUAUAAGGAUAAAGAAGAGGUGUUGGUCCGAAGUCAGAAAUUAAAGGCGCUGCACGAUGAGAUUUGGCACCAAAUGUUUGAAAGGGGAACUCGCCUACAAGAGGCCAAUGCAUUUUUUAGUAGUGCCAACAAGGCGUUCAAUGUUCUGGGGAGUAUCGAGGGUCACUUGAAGCUGCUGAACUCUGAGUCUUUUAGCUUGCCUGAAUUAGCCAAAAGGCAGGAGGAACUGCAGAAAAGUGUAAAAGAAACUGCAGCAGAAGCUCUGCAACAGGGGCUGAGCUUUCUAAAUAAAGCCAACUCUCAAAGCGCCGAACUCAGUGGAAUUCAAAAGAUGACUGGCGACCUCCAGGGAAGAGUCUGCCAGCUCACCAUCCAGUGUCAGGCUCACAAAGAGCUCGCAGUGAAGAAGCAGCAGCUCAUCACGUCCACCGAGGAUCACUUUGAUAAGGCAUCAAGUUGGGUAGAAAAAUGCAGCGCUGUACUUUCAAGUAACGUGGAACCCGGAUCAUGUCUCUCAGAAUCAGAGGAUGUACUCAACAAACAUUUGGAGUUGUCUCUCCAAACUAAGGAAGUAGUGAAUGAGUUGGAGGCCUUUGCAGAAAUCAUUGCAGAGCUUAAAACAUUUGAAUCGCCAGAAGUAGCAGAGUUUUCCAAUAAAUCGUGCUUGCUUAAUGAGGAGCUAAACACCCUCAGCAGAAAUAUAAGCUCCAGAGUUGAAAUCAUGAAAGCCUAUGUAACAUUUUUUAAAUCUGCCAAGGAGGUUGACGAUCAUAUACAGAAACUGGAGGAAUUCUACAGUUCCAAGCCUAUUGAAGAAGACAACGAAGAGAACAGUAAAUCCAUGAUGGAAAUAGCCGAUGCUAAAUGGCAAUCUCUUUUGGAAAGAUUUCUUACAGUGCAGGACUUGGGACAUAAUUUUAUCAAUUCAUCAAAUAUGGUAAGUGAGAGCCUGAACCUAAAUGUGAAAACAGCCGUGGCUGUUGUGGAAAACACCAGAGAAGAUCUCAGUAAAAAGAAGGUAGCUCUAACAGAGCUGUGGACUACCUGGCAGCUUCGAAUGAACCGGCUGACGUCUGUGAAAAAGCAGUGGAGAUCGUUUAAAGAGCAACUUAAAAAGACUGUACAUGAUUUGAAGACCGUGGAGGAUGUUCUUGCACCAGAAUCCAAAGUUGAGUUGGGAAGUAAUCUUCUGGUUGCUACCCAACUCCUGGACAAUUUCAACCAAGCAAAACCACAGUAUCAGCAAUUAAAUGCUGAGGUAGAGUACAUGGUGAAAAUAUCAGAGUUACUGGCUCUGAAAGGAAUCCCUGCGAAGGAAAAUAAUGAGAAGGUUGCAGAGCUUCUGCACAUCCAUCAGCGAGUGAAGAAGAUGAUCAAUGAGUAUGAAGCAGUCCUGAACAGGACUGUCAAGUUUCUUCAGCUCUUUGAUGAGCUGGAGAAUCUCUUGAAAUCAGAACCAGUGAUUGCAUUCCAUGAUAUUAGUCAAGCCAAGAUCCAGCUCAAACAACAUCAAGGGAAACAGACCCAUAUUCGACACCUCUAUAAACUAGCUAUUACCAUAGGAGUGGAUAUUACCACUAGUGUACAGCAAUCAAGCGCUCUGGGCUUUUCUGUGCAGCAGCUUCAGAAAAAGCUGGAGGCGCUUGAGGCUGCGCAUGUCAGGUGGAGCACAGCAGCAGACAAAUAUGAGGAAAACCUUCUGAGCAAUGUGCAUCACUGUUCAGUGAAAGAGGAGAUCAGUGAGCUUAAGGAUUCGUUUAAAGACCUCAAGAAGAAGUUCAACAAUUUGAAAUUCAAUUAUAUGAAGAAAAAUGACAAGUCACGAAACUUGAAAGCUGUCAAAAACCAGAUUCAACAGGUUGACAUGUAUGCAGAAAAAAAUCAGAUGCUAAAGAAGAAAAUAAGUAACUUUGCAACAAAAGUUUCUGCUGGCACUGAGAAGCCUGUCCUUGGAAGUAUCCCAAGAGAAAUUGAGGAAGCUGUGAAUGAGCUUCAAAAACAGGUGGUUGAUUUUGACAAGACAGUGGAGGAAUACAAGCAGAACCUGGACAUGUCAGUGCGUCUGCAGCAGGCCAUGGAGGAGUAUCAUUUUUGGUGUGAAGAAGCAAGUGCCACCAUUGUGCGAGUGGGGAAAUAUUCUUCAGAAUGCAAAACUAGAGAGGCAGUAGGCAUUCUUUACAAGCAGUUUGAAAAGUUUGUCUGGCCUACAGUGCCUCAACAAGAGGAAAGAAUUAACCAAAUCACAGAACUGGCUGUACGUUUACAUGGUCCUGAAGAAGGGAAGAAGUUUAUAGAGAAAACAGUUACCAAACACAAGGAAAUGCUGGAGUCUAUUAAGGAACUGUGCAAUGGUCUAAGAGAUCUUGAAGAAAAACUACAGAGUGAUUUUCUAAAGCAGAACUUGGAAUCUUCUGUGGAUUUGAAAGUUGAUAAUCAACAAAAUGUAAAAAUAAAUAAAGCACAAACUGUAAAAGGAGAGACAAGUUUCCAAGAAACCCCAGAAAGGCUAAGUGUAGAAUUGAAUGAAGAACCAAAUAGAUCAGCUACAUCUGAAAGCAUUAAGGCUGUACAUGACCAGACCUCAAGCAAUGGGAAUAGUAUGUUGGAUAAAAAGUCAUCUAAGAAAGUUGAAAUCUGUAAAAAACCAAGAAGUCAGGAAUUAUCAGAUAACGUCAAAAAUCAUCAAGAUGUUUUGUCUGAGAAUAGAUCGUUUACAGAAGAAACUUAUUCUGAAACAAACACUGUCAGCAACAAAGUACAGGAACAGAACUUCACCACAGUGCAGAGGCAAGAGCAGCAGCUGAGCACAGUGUACUCUUGCACACAAACUAUCCGUUUAUCAGCCUCUCCUAUUGAUCCAGGGAGAAGGAUAACUUCUCUUCAUCAGACAGAGAACUGGGCUCAAGGCACCCAGACUUCAUCUUCCCCUGCUGGCACUGAGGCUUCACGGUUUCCACACAUUCAGGAAGAAUUUAAAAGAAUGGACAAACAAGGCCGUAGGCAUAGCUCUAACAAUAAUAGAGAUACAAAGAAUGAUAAGGUAUACAGAUACCUUCAGUCAUCAACUUUAAAUACACAGACCAAAGAUGAAGACUUAUUGCACAGAGAGUUGCCUCAUUCAGUGCCCGAUGAUUUCCUGUCGCAAGAUGCAGCAGAUAUACUUCAUGCUGCCACAGAGGACAGUGGACUGGCUGAGGGGGGCUUGCAAAAUGAGCUUCUCACUGAUGAAACCUUGUCUGUUGAUGAGUAUGAGUGCCCAUCUCCGGAUGAUAUUUCUUUACCUCCACUCUCUGAGACCCCAGAAUCCAACAUCCUUCACUCUGAAACAGACCUCGAAGAUGGCUUUUGUCUCAGUUCUCACAGCUUGCAUGUCAACACAUCCAGUCAACAAACACUGUCACAAUUUGGCAAUAACAGAAUGACUGACAGUUUUGACUUCUUAACACCUGUUGCUGCUGCUGACACCCUAAACCACAGACGAGAAUGGGUUUCUAGUCAGUCUGAAAGCUAUCCUUCACCUCCUGGGGGGCUGUACCCUAAAUUUAAAUCUGAGUCAUCCUCAUUUGUUCGCAGUCCCUUGAUGGUGCCUGCACCUGGCAUUGUUUCUGAUACACUUUCUAGCAUAUUAAAAAGCAAACCUGCAAACAAUUCUUCCGUUUCUGGCACAUUCAGUGAAUGCCGCGAAACACACUAUGCUCUGCAUGAGAGUUUCACUGAGACACAAGAGUGUUUGCAAGACCCUAACAAAUGUAUGGCAAGUACUGGCAGCCUGCAUGCUUCAUCUGCCCCACUAACAACAGAUCCCCCGGCCCAUAAAUCAGAACAUGAUACAGGUUUCUGCAAGCCGACGACCAUUCGAGAGGAGAUAAGGCUUCCAUCGGGGACCAGAGCCAUGAGCAACAUAACUGGCCAGGGCCCGAACUUCUCCAGGCUGUUACCUAAUUCUACUGUAGUGGAAGGUUCCCCUAUAACCUUGGAAGUAGAAGUAACAGGAUUUCCAGAACCUACUUUAACAUGGUACAGGAAUGGACAAAAACUGACCAAUGAUGAACACAUAGAACUUUCACAAAAAGAAGGCAAACACAGUUUAUUCAUUAAGAAAGCCAUUGAUAGCGAUGCUGGCCUCUAUGUUGUUCGGGCCAAAAACUCUAGUGGUACUCUGUCUUCUAGUGCAAUCCUGCAAGUGAAAGUUCAAGGACAACCUCCAUACUUUAAAAAUAAAAUUGAAGACAAAGUGUUGUUAGUUGGAGAAGACCUUUUCCUUGAGUGCAUGGUAUCAGGAAGACCUACACCUCAUAUAUUGUGGUUAAAAGAUAAUCUGGUUGUGGCAUCUGGAGAAAGCAAAAUUCAGAACCUUAGUGACACCCAUGUCCUCUUAAAAAGAAAUGUUGUUUUGGCUGAUACUGGAAAAUAUUUCUGCAUUGCUAAAAAUGAAGCCGGAGAAGCUUGCUGUUCAGCAUUUGUAGUUGUCACAGUAGAUGGCUAACGCAUUCCGGAGCUGUCGCUAGAGGCCAGCACGAACCCCGACAUCACUACACUUGUGUCCUGAUAAUAAUUGUAUUAGCACCACGAGCAAAGCAGCACGCACCCAGGACUGGAGACCGUGUUUGUAUAUUGUGUGGGUAACUGGACUGUAUUUAUUUUUUGGGA